AUAAAUGUUGGCGUCGUCGUUGCCAAGCGUAUAACAACAUUAUCCGGGGGGAACAAGAACAUCAAUACAUCAUCACAGGAGAAACUGGUUGUGGUGGUAAUAUUAAAAAGUUUUGUGUAGCGAAACCUAAGAUUUCCGCCGAAGAAGGUCCUAUACGACCGGACAAACAGGAACGUCGCAAACCCGCAACACCACACAGAACUCAUCUAUCAAACCAAGUCAUGGAAGAAAUUAAACCUAAAUUGGCAAUAAUCGGAGCGACUGGUUACAUUGGGAAAUUUAUCACCGCUGGAUUUAUUACGGCUUUGCAUGCUAACAAGUUAUCUGAACUGCGUGUCUUAUCAACCAAGUCAUCCGAUAUCACUAAAGGAUUUGCAGAUCAAGGAGUAAAGGUACAGAUUGUGGAUUUUACAGCCACUCCCACUUUGGUGGCAGCUUUCACCGGCAUAGACAUUGUGGUAUCAACUUUGGGCACUGGGCCUGGAACGAAGGAGAGCAAAUUGGCCAUUUUGGACGCACUUGCUGCAUCUAAAGUGAAAAUUUACUUUCCAUCUGAAUUUGGGACGAACCAUUAUGAUCGUUGCAAAAAUUAUCAGCACGAUGUGUUCGAAGCGAAAAAGGAUCACUUCCGGCAAGCACAAGCUAAAGGGAUCAAAACCAUUGCACUCCUAUGCUCACUAAUUAUGGAAUCAUCCUUUGGAAAAUGGUUCGGAUUGGACACAGCGGCUGAAGUGUGGACUUUAGUUGGCAAGGGGGAGACCCCUGUUGCUGUGUGUGCAGAAGGUGACAUUGGUCAUUUUGCAGUAGAAGCUGCACUGAAAGCAUUCAAGGAUCCCACAAACUUCCCAGAUUUUGUGGAAGUUUACAGUGAUAUGAAAACCAUGAAGGAAUAUGCCCAAGCAUUCGAUAACGUGGCGGGUCGAUCUACGAAACUGGAAUUUACUCCAAUGGAACAAGCUUUGGCUCAUUAUGAGUCAACUCACCAUCAGUUUGAAUAUCUUUUGCAAAUCCUGUUUGAAGAAGGGGCAUUUGAUUGUAGUGAUGCCAAGAAUAAGGGUAACGAACUUCUCAAUCCUGGGGAGCUUGUCUGGAAACUUAAAAAAAUUGAAGAGUAUGCUCAAGAAACGCAAGGGAGACCCUGGAAAGAUUUUUCGUAAUGACGAAUGAUGAGCAAGUAAUUCCUAAAUCUGUCUUUGCUGUUAUUACCGAAAUUUAAAUGCAAUAUCUGAAACAAUACAGGUUCAUAGGUGUUACAUACAAAAAAUACUAACAAUAAAAAAUAAAUUUAAAUUGACACAUUA